AUGAGCACCUGGAUAUGGCUACUGCUGGGACUCUCUCUCCUGAUACGAAAAAAUGAAGGUGGUUUCGGUAAUCCCCACGAGGCUCGGGCAUUCUUAGAAAAAUUAACUGGUACUCCUUGUGAGUGCCAUGGUGGCACCUGGAACGGUGAGACAACCCCUCUCCUAAAUGUAGAUUGUGGUGAUAAAACAGCAUACUUAGUAAUGAGACAAAAUAUUCAUGGAGCACAGGCAUGGGUCUGUAGCAAAAAGGCUAAAAUUAUCCCCACCUCUAAUAACAAGCCUAGACCAUGCCCUUGUAUAGAAUUCCAUCCAUCUGUACAUAAUACCUGUUAUGAGCAGGUUCAACUAUGUACUGGUACAGAUAAUAAUACCUAUUUUACAGCAAUCUUGACCAGACAUUUUUUGGGGACAUUUGGAGGCGAGUGGGACACAGUCCCUCAGGUCCAGGGGACCUCAAAUAAAUAUGCCCAAUCUGGCUGUCCCGAUACAGUAGGAAAAACAGUUUGCUGGAAUAAGACUCCACCUGUGCACAUCUCUGAUGGAGGUGGACCCCAAGAUCAGGCCUCUUCUCAUAAAUCACCUGAGCGAAACUUGGAAGCUUGCUGUUUGGAACUUAUCUACACCAAGGCCGGGUUGCUUGGAUACCUGGUGACGUAAACCUCCUCCUUCACCUAACCUUAUAUACCCUGG